ACCAUUAGAGAACAGAAGACGGUCCAACGAUAAAGUCUUACCUUCAGCUUUAAUUCAAAUGUGUAAUUAAUUAUUAAUUCGCAGUCGAAUGGAAACGUGGUGUUUUUUUAUUGAGGAGGCACUUGAGAAAAAGAGAGGAUUCAGGGAACUGUGUGUCCUGCAGCAGGUAACUGUUGCUGUUGCAAUACCAUGAUCAACCAGAGUGAACAAUACAUGGCGGAGUCUGCAAGCCAGUGGUGAUCCAUGGAUCGCACGACACAUUCUCUUUAUCAACCGUUGUAGUCGGCGUAACCGUUUUUGUAAAUCGUAACUCGUCCGACACGUGUCUCUCAGAGGGAAUUUUUCUAAAUUAAAAAUCAAACGUCCUUUUUUAACCGUAUUGAUUAAAGCGUAUCAGUUUUCCGCCAUUGUACAGAUUUCUACCAAAGAUAACUCCGAGCAAUGAAUUUUCGUUCGGAAAAUUUUCGACAGCGUCUCAAUGACAUUGAUAGUCGAAGAAACGCUCUACACUCGCCGAGAUAAUGGCAAAAAUGUGCGGGAUGAGUAGGUGUAUUUUUUUAUUUUGCUGGUAUAUUAAGUAGCAACUGCAAUAUUCAGAAGCUAGCGUCUCCUGCUCGAGGAACACGUCCAUUCACCCAACACUAUCUACCUUCACGUAGAUUUCUCUCUGACACGUGUUCGUGGAGAAGAGAAGACGGUAAGGACUCGUUUUCGUAAUUAUUCGGUCGAUGUGUUACGCGCAAGGGGGAAGUCGCAAAGUUUCCCUAGACUUCACCACUGACAGAGUGUAAAGAUACGCAUUUUCCUGUGGAUCAUCGUCCACUUGACACACUCAACUGCCACGUGGGCGGUUUCGGAAAUGUGGUAUUAGUAUAUGCUCUACCGCCCGCUUGAAUGAUUUAUUUGUCCCUUACACGCCAGGAGGCGAAGCUUGUUUCGCCGCGCUGCACCGAGAAUGCGAUAUUUCCGCGAUGGAAACUGUCAAGAUCACCUGGAGUCAUUAUUACGGCACCUUGCAAAAGAUAUCGUUGCUCGCCGGCCUGUGGCCGUUUCUCCAACUGAGGACGAGACUGUUCCGCAUCGGCCUGCAGAUCGUCAACAUGAUAACCAUUUCUGUUCCGCAGAUGGCGUUCCAAUUCAGGUGCAGAGACAUACAUUGCUUUCUUCUGUCGUUGACGGCGAUUCUGUUGUCGAUUGUUGCUGUAGUGAAAGUGUACACAUUUCAGUUGAACAUUCUUAAAUUUAAAGAACUCACCGAGCACUUGUACGUCGAUUGGAAGAACUUGGAGACUCCGGAAGAAUACGAGAUCAUGAAGUCAUACGCCGAGAAUUCCAGACGGUUCUCCAUAAUAUACCCAGUGUAUUGCAUCGUAGGGACCACUGUAUUCAUGUCGGUGUCCAUUGUACCGCAUAUUUUUGACGUCGUGUUACCCCUCAACGAAUCUCGCCCGCUACUGCUGCCGUAUCCAGGAUAUUACUUCGUAGACAGCAGGGAAUACUUCACCUACAUUUUCUGGCACUCCUUUUUGUCAUGGCAAAUCGUAAUAAUCGGAAUAUUUGCCCACGACUGCAUGUUUGUGUGUUACGUCGAGCAUGUGAGCAGCAUGUUCGCCGUGGUCGGAUAUCGCUUUGAAUCUUUAAUUUAUGAUCGUAAGGACGCGCUUAGUAAAAAUGAAAAUGCUGAUCUUGACGAGAAAUUGCGCAGAAGGGUCGCGUAUUUGGUGCACACGCAUCGAGAAGCUUUAGAACUGGCGCAACUUCUUGAGAGCAUCUUCAACAUACCUUUCGCUGUACAAAUGGGUAUAAGUACAGUAGGAAUGAGCAUUACUUUACUACAAGGGCAAAAGCUAUUAGAUCGCAGUAUUGAAACGCGCGACAAAAUAUAUAAUAGUUCCUGGUACAAGACACCCAGAAAUUUACGAAAGCUACUUAUACUAAUAAUGAUGAAGAGUCUUCAGCCGUCUCUUCUGACUGCCGGCAAAAUCUACAUUUUCUCUCUGGAGAACUUCGCCACGGUUCUGCAAACUUCGAUGUCGUACUUUACAGUCCUCGCGUCUUUUUAAUAAUUCGUGACAUUGUUCUCGCAACUGUAUAACGGCACUAAUAUUCCAUCAAACAAAAUUGACAUGUUUAUAAUAUUGCGUAUCAUGCCGAUAUCAUGUGUGUAAUAUAACAGCAUUAUCUCUUUCUUACAUAUCCCUGAAUUGUACGAUAUAAAAAAUAAAAAUAAA